CUCUCGCACUCCCCACCGUCUCCAACCCAACCACUGCAGCCGACUACCCCGCCUCACCUUCACCUCCACCACCACCACCACCAGCAGCACUCUAGCUAGCUCGUCUGCUAGAUCCCAGCGACAGCGACGGCGCACGCCGUAGCACACUCUGCUGCUUCCCCUGUCUAGGCCGCGCGUGUAUAUAAGCACGCCUAGCAACCUCACCAAGAUUCACCAUUCCGGCCCGCAGUUGCAAACUCACCAAUUAGCUUCCUCCCAAGAUCCAGAGUUUAGCUGCUGAGCUACAUAAUUCGAUCGCCUCUGCUAAUUAACACAAUGGAGUUCACCGCCAGGACCAGGACCGCCAUUGCUCUGCUUCUUUCGCUCGCCGCCUUCUCCAGCUUCCUCUGCGGCGGCGUGCAGGGCGGCCGCCACCACCACCACCACGCCAAGCACACCAAGCACAACUCCGCGCGCCCGCCGUCCGCGCACGCUCCGGGCCCGGCGAGCGGCGGGAGGCGGCACGCGUCUCCUCCUCCGCACGCGCGGCGGCCCGUGUCUCCCCCGGCCCCGCCGCCGUCGUCGUCGGGCGGCUACCCGACGCCUGGCGCCGCCGCGCCGGAGCCAGCACCGGCACCCGCGGCCGCCGGCUCCGUGUACGACGUCGUCAAGGACUUCGGCGCCGUCGGGGACGGCGUGACGGACGACACCGACGCCGUCAAGACCGCGUGGGACACCGCGUGCCAGGACGACGGCGACAGCGUCGUGCUCGCCGCCGCCGGCUACUCGUUCCUCGUGCACUCCACCGUCUUCACCGGCCCGUGCCAGGGGAGCGUCACGAUUCAGCUCGACGGGACGAUCGUGGCGCCGAGCGACCCCGACAAGUGGCCGGCCAACAGCAAGCGCAACUGGCUGCUGUUCUACCAGGCGCACGGCAUGUCGCUGAAGGGCGCCGGCCUCAUCGACGGCAAGGGACAGAAGUGGUGGGAGCUCCCCUGCAAGUCUCAGAAGGGCCAUGGCGGAUCAAGCGGCCACGGUGCAGCCUGUGACAGCCCAGUGGCGAUGAGGUUUUUCAUGACCAACAACGUGACGCUGCAAGGCCUCAAGGUGCAGAACAGCCCCGAGUUCCACAUCCGGUUCGACAGCUGCCGCGGCGUGGUCGCCAGCGGCCUGUCCAUCAGCUCGCCGGCGCUGAGCCCCAACACGGACGGCAUCCACGUGGAGAACAGUCAGGACGUCGUCAUCACCAACACCGCCGUCUCCAACGGCGACGACUGCGUCUCCAUCGGCGCCGGCACCCUCAACAUGCACGUCGAGAACGUCACCUGCGGCCCCGGCGGCCACGGCAUCAGCAUUGGGAGCCUGGGCAAGCAGGGUUCGCGGGCGUGCGUGGCCAACGUGACCGUGCGCAACGCCGUGAUCCGCCACUCGGACAACGGCGUCCGGAUCAAGACGUGGCAGGGCGGCUCCGGCGCCGUCUCCGCCGUGUCCUUCGAGAACGUGCGCAUGGACGCCGUCCGCAACCCCAUCAUCAUCGACCAGUACUACUGCCUCUCCAAGAGCUGCGAGAACGCCACCUCCGCCGUCUUCGUCAAUGGCGUCUCCUACGCCGGCAUCCGGGGCACCUACGACGCGCGCACACCGCCCAUCCACUUCGGCUGCAGCGACGCCGUACCGUGCACAAACAUCACGCUCUCCGACGUCGAGCUGCUCCCGGCGUCCGGCGAGACCAUCGACGACCCUUUCUGCUGGAACGUGUACGGCAGCGCCGCCACGCCCACGGUGCCGCCGGUGCCGUGCCUCAUGGAAGGCGUGCCCAGGAACGUCGAGGAUAACAGCAGCCUCAAAUGCUACUAGAUAGCAGCUAGCUAAGUGAUCGAUGGACGUCCUAACACUACACUACACAUGCAUCGUUUCGGCCUGCUGCUACUUGUUUAUUAGAAGGAAGAAGAAGGCAAACCAACAGAGAAAAGUAAUUAAGAUUAGUGCAGAUAAAAGGAGUUUAACGCGUGGGUUACUUAUGUAUAUAUAGAAAAAAAAGAUGGAAAAUGUAAUAGUAAUGUAGUAACAAAGUGAUUUGUGUGUGUGAGAAUUAUACAUAUAGUAUUACCGGAAUAUAUACAGGGUUUCAAACUUUGGUAUUCAAAAAUUACCAAAAUUCGUGUACUUUUGGCAAAGUUUCAUCAA